ACCUGCGUAUUCGUAGGGUAGCACAUAAGUUGACAUUGAUUAUGAUCCGUAAUCUACCGGAAGUCUAAACACAAUUUCCGGCGGAAGGUCUUUUCUAAUAUUUUGACUCAGCAUGGCACCCAGAAAGGGGAAAACUCAGCAGACUGAGCAAGUGGUGCUUGGACCACAAGUAAAAGAAGGCGAGAAUGUGUUUGGAGUUGCACACAUCUUUGCCAGUUUCAACGACACAUUUGUACAUGUGACUGACCUGUCUGGAAAGGAAACUAUUGCCAGAGUCACUGGUGGUAUGAAAGUGAAGGCUGACAGAGAUGAAGCAUCCCCAUACGCUGCUAUGUUGGCUGCACAGGAUGUAGCUGAAAAAUGUAAAACUUUGGGAAUCAAUGCCCUUCACAUUAAACUGAGAGCUACUGGAGGAAAUAGGACCAAGACACCUGGACCUGGAGCCCAGUCAGCUCUUAGAGCUUUGGCUCGAUCAGGAAUGAAAAUUGGCAGAAUUGAGGAUGUUACACCAAUCCCAUCAGACAGUACCAGAAGGAAGGGAGGUCGUAGAGGACGUCGUUUGUAAACUGCAAAUAAAUUAUCAAAAAG